ACCGAUCCGACCGCGAACAGCCUAGCCUAAAAAUGCCCAGAUAGAAUAGAACCCAAAUUCCUCCCCCAAAACCCCCGUUCUCUCAACUCGCAAACUUCGAGUCCCCAUCAUCAUCAUCAUCAUCAGAAAACAAUGGAGUCGUCAGACCCAAUCAUCAGACCCUACAAACUCAAACAAACCCUAACAGGUCACAAACGCGCAAUCUCCAGCGUCAAAUUCUCCGACGACGGCAACCUCCUCGCCAGCUCCUCCGCCGACAAGACCGCCCGCAUCUGGUCGACCACCUCCUCCGGCUCCUCCUCCCUCCACGAACUCCAAGGCCACGAGCAAGGCAUCUCCGACACCGCCUUCUCCUCCGAUUCCCGCUACCUCGCCACCGCCUCCGACGACAAGACCCUCCGCAUCUGGGACCUCUCCACCGGCUCCCUCCUCAAAACACUAACCGGACACACCAACUACGUAUUCUGCGUCAACUAUAACCCCCAGUCUAACAUGAUCGUCUCCGGUUCCUUCGACGAGACUGUUAGGGUUUGGGAUGUCAAGGCUGGAAAGUGCUUGAAGGUGCUUCCUGCUCAUUCCGACCCCGUUACGGCCGUCAAUUUCAAUCGCGACGGUUCGUUGAUCGUUUCGAGCAGUUACGAUGGGUUGUGUCGGAUUUGGGAUGCAUCGACUGGCCAUUGUAUGAAGACGCUUAUUGACGAUGAGAAUCCUCCGGUUAGCUUCGUCAAGUUUUCUCCGAAUGGAAAGUUCAUUCUCGUUGGGACUUUGGAUAAUACAUUGAGGCUUUGGAACUUCUCAACUGGUAAAUUUCUGAAGACUUACACGGGUCAUGUGAAUUCAAAGUACUGCAUUUCGUCGGCAUUUUCGGUGACAAACGGCAAGUAUAUUGUUAGUGGUUCUGAGGAUAAUUGUGUAUACUUGUGGGAACUUCAGACGAGGAAAAUAGUUCAGAAAUUGGAAGGCCACACUGAUACUGUCAUAUCAGUUUCGUGUCACCCAACCGAGAACAUGAUUGCUUCCGGUGCGCUCGGAAAUGACAAAUCUGUGAAGAUCUGGAGUCAAGAGGAAGACUGAUUUUACCCGGUACAUAGAUUUUGUAACCAUUACUGCAUUUGCUUGGCAUUAUGGCAUUGGACAAGAUUGAGAAAAAAUUGAGGGGGGAAAACCGGAUCUGUUUGUUUGUCUUUGUAUGAUGGAAACUGGAAACUAGAAAGUUAUGCUUACUAUUCCAAACGGUUGAUUGGUGAGAUUCUUUCUUCUAACUUGUUUUGGUAGCUAUCUUUUCAAGCUGAUGUAUUUAGGAUUAAUUAUGCUUUGAUAUCAAUAUUAAUUAUGCCGUGUGGGUUCUAUGGCAUGCAUGCCCUCA